AAAUGUCAGAAAAUAGUGAAAAAUGCCCAUCACAAGUUCCUGGAGCCCGUGGUGGCCUUCAGGUGCUUGUUAUGUCCAAAUAACACAUCAAAAAGACUUUCAGUUUACUCUCAUAUACAGUAAGAGUAAAACAGAAAAUCUUCACAUUUGAGAGGCUGGAAACAGCAAUUUCUUUCUUUUUUUUAAAUGACGGUUAAUCAAAACAUUUAGUAAUUGUGUUAAUUUUCUGUCAAUCAACUAACUACAAAUUGUUUCAGCUCAAUUUAUAAAUUAUGAGAGCACAGGCUAGCCUUUAGGUUUAGGAUGCAUACCAUUUAAACAUAGAUCCGUGAUUCAAUAUUGCUCAGGAAGUGUGCAUGUUGCAUGUCAUAUAUCUUAUUAUAUGAGGUCACCCAGGAUAGUCUACAUAUUAUGACCUAUUUCUAAUCAUUUUGUGCUGACAUGUUUGUUUUGAGUUACUGUCUUGAAUUUAACCUACACUCUUUAAGGACAGAUAAGGGUGGUGAGAGUGAAAAGCAUGUUUGCAAUAGGUCUAUUUCAGAAAUGACAUUUUUCUCCUGUUUUUAGCAUUAGGGACCCCAGGAACUCUCUCAAGGACCCCUGGAGGUAUCCAUGUCCCGGGAGUCCUCAUAUCAAGUCCUCAUUUUUUUUUUAAUUAUUUAAUAAUGUAUUCUUGACAAACACAGCACGAGCUAUGGUAACACAGGCUGCUCUCUCUUUCUCUCUCUAUGCCUCUAUCGACUGGGUUUAUUCUCAGCGGACAGUGAUGCGCACAACAUGGCCUUUCUCCCGUGUUCCCUCCUCUCUCUCUCCUUCUCUCUCCUUCUCUCUCCCUCUCUCUCUCUUUCUCUCUCUUUCUCUCUCUCCUUCUCUCUCUCUCUCUCCUUCUCUCUCUCUCUCUCUUUCUCUCUCUCUCUCUCCCCAGGUUCUCUUCUCUAUCCAGUCUACCCUCCUCUGCUCUGCACCUGCUCCUCCCCUAAUGCCUUAUUAUCCUCAGACUCAGAGCAGCGCUCCGUCCUCGCCAAAUGAUGCUCCUCGGCGGCGCACAUCGGUGGGUUAUCACCGGCCGCUGCAGGGAGGACCGCUCGGGCUUGUUUUUCUCCUCUGGAAACACGCACUGAACGCACUGGGCGACAGAAGAUGGGAAUUUAGCGGGGUUUAGGAGCGAGUGAGCUGGAGGAGGUUAGGAAGACGAAGAAGCACACAAGUCCCAUCCGAGUGAAGAGAGGGAGGAGGAGGAGGAGGGGGACUCCGGGGAAACGGUCCCGCCGGGACGGGGGAACGCAGCGGAAGGUUUUGUGCCUCACAUAGUUUGAAAUGGACUCAAGAUGCCUGUUUUUGUUGUUUGGUUGUGAAGAAUAGAAUCACAGGAUUUAAAGGAAGUGGUUCUUGGAUUUGCGGUCGGUCGGUCGGUGCUUUUCUGUUUGUGAUGGAGUGAGUGAAAGAGAGGGCGCACGGUAACUUCAGCCUCGCCAUGAAAUCAGUGUUUUUCAGCCGUUUCUUCAUCCUGCUGCCCUGGGUCCUUAUUGUCAUCAUUAUGAUCGAUAUCGACAGUAAAAGGACGAUCCGGGCUCCGGCAGCCGCUCGGAACGGCAGGGCGCAGCGGGCCGCCCGGACCGGCGCACCGGGGGUAGGUGGCACCCAGAACCAGACCGCCCUGCCGGUUAUCUACGCAAUCACUCCGACUUACACCCGUCCGGUGCAGAAAGCGGAGCUGACCCGUCUGGCCCACGCCUUCCGCCAGGUGCCCCGGUUCCACUGGAUCGUAGUGGAGGACUCGACGGCGCGCACGGAGCUGGUGGCGCGCUUCCUGGCCCGGUGCGGCGUGCCGUACACGCACCUGCAUGUGUUCACUCCCCGCAGGUUCAAACGCGCCGGGAUGCCGCGCGCCACCGAACAGAGAAAUGUGGCUCUCGCGUGGCUCCGGCAGCACCGGAGCAGGCGGGACACCGGGGUGGUUUUCUUCGCGGAUGACGACAACACGUACAGCCUGGAGCUGUUUGAAGAGAUGCGUAGUACUCGAGGUGUGUCUGUUUGGCCUGUGGGAUUUGUAGGUGGCAGAGCAUAUGAGCGCCCCCUGGUGUCCGGGGGUAAAGUUGUGGGCUGGUACACCGGCUGGAGACCAGACCGACCCUUCGCCACCGACAUGGCAGGAUUCGCCGUGAACCUCCAGGUGAUCCUGGCGAAUCCACGGGCGCAGUUCAAGCGGCGCGGCUCCCAGCCGGGGAUGCAGGAGUCUGACUUCCUCAAGCAGAUCACCAAGGUCACCGAGUUGGAGCCCAAGGCCAACAAUUGUACCCGGGUGCUGGUUUGGCACACUCGCACAGAGAAACCACACCUUGCAAAUGAGCCCAAACAUCGGAAAGACACUGUGGUCAUCGAGGUGUGAGAGGAAGAGCUGAGCAGCGGAUCCAAAACCAGAAGCUGACUGUGGCUGGCCAUCAUCUCUCGGCUGGGACUAAAGACAGCACCCUGCUUUCUCUCCUUAUCGGGUUAAUACAAUCUUUUCACAACAGACACAGACUCUGAGGAGCUGCAUGACUUCUGGCUGUCUGUCAAACGUGCUGUGUGAGAACUGGACAGCACUGAAUAUGUUCGUUUUACAAACUGAGAUGACUUGGACUGUUCAUUUCUUCCAUCUACAGCUUGCUGAUGUAAAAAAAAACGUUUUAAAAAAAUCAUGUUGCUGAAUUGAAAAGUGCCAUGAAAAUCAUUAACGUAAUUUUGAAUCAUUAAUACAUCAUGGUGAAAUUAACUGUAAAACCGUGAUAUAAUUAACAUACAAACAAGGCUCGUGGUUCAGAUAACUGCCUGUAUCUUAUGACAGUGUUAUUGUGAUGCUGUUUCUUUAACGGCAAAUGCUUAUUUGUUUUCUUUACAAUGUCUUUGCAGUAAAAAGCUGGUUUCAGGAUGGUGUUAGCAUAAAACUAGCUUAGCAUAAAGGCUGGAAACAGCUAGCCUGGCCCUCUCUCUAAAGUUCAAGAAUAUGCCUACCAGCACACGUUUUAUCUCAUUCAUUUAACCUGUACAUAAGCAGAAAUGUUAAACUGACAAUUUGUGGUUUUAGGGAGGUUACGUAGGCUAACUAUUUCUUUGGGAACAACAGCUAGGUGCGCAGUGAGCCAGACAUGCUAUGACUAAGUAUUGGAUAGACAGAUAAACUGCUGUUCACCAAGAAAUAUCUCCAACACGUAACUCCCCUUUAAAAUCACAAAUUGUGAUUUUUACAUUACAACUGUUGUUAACAUUUAAACAAACUAGAUACAAUGUGUUAAUUAGCUUUAAAGGUGUUGGUAGAUGUAUUUUUGGACUUUAGAGAGAGCCAAGCUAGCUGUUUCCCUCUGUAUCCAGUGUUUACGCUAUGCUAGGCUAACCACAUCUGAACUCCAACUAUGUACUUCACGCACACGAAAUUGGCAGUUUUUCUCAUCUCACUUUAAGAAAGAAGGCGAGUCUGUAUGUCACGUUAUGUUCCACUACCCAAACAUAGACGCUGGGGUAGGCGUGUAGGAACAGUUGCUGUCGGCGCUCUCGUUCUCCUUCGUCCCUUAACUUCCCUGUCGUUGUUUCACUGGCAAUCACCCAUGCUGAAUUUACUCUUGAACAUCUAAAAUAAGCGGAUUCACUACGUGAAUGCCUUUGUACAUCAACAGGAAACUAACUGUAGGAUAAGUCUGGUGAGUGAGCAGAAACUAUCGCAAAUUAAUGUGUUUCAGAAAGUUGGCAACCCUACCCUACACAUCUCUCUUCACUGAGCAAAUUAAAAUGUUGGAAGGGAACUUUUUUUGGAUCUGCUUUUCACUCCUUUUAUCAUCUGCCAAAAGUUUUAGGUCAGUUUGCUCUGGAAGAACAGCACCCUCUUCAUGUCUUCAUGGUGGCUCAUAGCUGUAAAGAACCAAUCAGAGGCAGACAGCAGCAGCUAGAUUUCCCAGCUCUGGUCUUUUUUGUCUAAAUUAGUCACAUUGAUAUCUCAAAGUUAAUGUGGUAAUGAUUUAUUGAUGCAUAAAUGCUAUGUAAUUCUCUUUUACAACACCCUGAACUGAUCAUAUGUAAUGAACUGGAACAACCUUUACUGUCCUCUCAUUCUCUGUGUAAGUGAAGAAUGUGAUCAGGUUGGAAAACUGCCCAGGUGAAGUAACAUCUCUCCAGACAAGCUGCCAUCAAUAAUGUAGUCUGUGUGCCAACAACAAAGAAAUCUCUCACAAGUAAACGGGCCUGCCAGCGGAGGAAAAAAAAGGAAUGAAUUGAGUAGACGGGAUAUCAGACUGGCCGCUAGUUUCACAGCUCAAAUGUGAACCAUUUUCUUUAGUGUAUUUAACUUGGCAGUAUUGUCCUGAUCACUGAAGUUUAGAGAGGAUUGUGUUGGUGUAUGAUGUAAACACAGGGAAUAAAAACAGGAUUAAAUCCAGGAUCCAACAGCCUUUAUUUCAAAUGACCCUCUUGUAAAACUUGGAACAGAAAAAAGGAGCAAACUAAUAAAAUUCCAAUAAGAUAAAACAGUACUUUUACAGUUAAAAGGGUCAUUGGACAAAGGUGAACACAGAAAAAUUCCUGGAUAUUUUUUUAAUGCAUGGAAACUCUUUUUUUCCUCUGUACUAGGCACCAGAAAAUGUAAACACAUUGGAAAUAAACCUGGAGGACAUUAGAUUUAUUGAAUAUGUUUAUGUGUCGUUCACACAAACCAAGUGUGUAAGAGUGCUACAGUUAUUGCAUGGCAGGGGGAGCCUGUGUAUACAGACACGAAUCUGCAGAUUCAUGUCUGCAGCUCGGCAGUGUGAUCGUAACUUUGCGUGCAUAUAUGUGUGUGUGUGUAUGUAUGUUUGUACAUUUCUACUCUUGCUCCUCUGUUCUUACUCCUAAUAAACAAGGACUGGACAGUGGUGAUGGGACUCAUCCAGCGUUUUCAUACAAGUCCCCUUUUGCAAGCACUGUCCACUCCUGUUCUUCGUCCUGCCAGUCUAGCCCUCUGAUUGGUCAUCCAGGUUUAUUUGCAUCAGAUUAACUGUGCUUCUCUUGUACUGCACACAACAAAACACCACAAUAAAGAUGGCAGAACAUA